CAGGCUGUCCCUUUCAUUUGGAAUGGGGCCACUGGGAGCUUUAACUGCACUGGCCACGUGACUUUGUAUUAGUGGAUUCUCCCAGCGCUGCCGCUGCUCUAUUUCUGUCCUAUCUGGCGCUUCUCCAGACUCUCGUCGCUGCCUCCUCCUAUAUUUUUCCCACCCACGGGUAAAGGUGUUUUUAUUUACCCUUCCCAUUAGAAUCCGUGGGCCGGCCUUAAAUCCCACGCCCUACUCACACAAACCCUCCCUUACCCCCCAAAUUACACACACGUGUGGGCAGCCAGCAUUACUUAAAUGUGCCGUGACCUCCGCUCACCGCCUGCAGCCCCGUGUAGUUAGGGAAGCCGCGUCUCUGCCGGUACCUCCCGUGCCCUAUGACCUUGUUUGCCCUCAUCAUAUCGAUCCCCUAUCAGUGGUGCAGUUCCCCCUUGUUGCCUGAGCUCCUAUUUCCAUGAUCCCACAGUGAGGCGUUUGAGCAGUUCCUUUUGUGUGAGUCCCGCUGGUCAGAUCCCCUCGCUCUCCUGCUCUUUCCCUUCACUCGCUCUGGCGGCAAUAGCAGCAGUAGUAGUAGUAGUAGUAGUGGCAGCAGCAGGACGUCCGGUUCGGCGGCUCCUUGUGCGGAUCCUAUAAGCUGCUACAGAUCGCCGGGCUUGUGCUCAAACUCUAUCUGGACUCUACCAUGAGCUCAAGGGAAGGAGCCCGCCAAUCCUCGUCCGUGGAGCAACCUGCAUCCCCCUCACAGUCUCCGAAGAGGGGGCGAGGGAGACCCCGGAAACCGCAAAAAGAGCCAACAGCUGAAGAAACCUCUGUCAAAAGACCUCGGGGUAGACCAAAAGGGAGUAAGAAUAAGAGUCCCUCCAAAUCGGUACAGAAGGAAGAAGAGGCUAGUGGUGAGAAACGUCCAAGAGGGCGUCCAAGGAAAUGGUGUUGGGAAACCAGAGGAGAUCGAGGAAAUGAACAUGGAAAGAGCAAAGCGCUUGCAGAUGGCACCCUGCCACAGCAAGAGAAAAAGUCUGGUCAGGAACAAACUGCGGAGAAAUCCCCUCAAGAAUCUGAAGAAGACUAGACAACCACCAAACUGAAUUUCUACCUCAGCCAGCAGUUGGGUUUCUUUGGUCCAUAUUCAGAAUUUUCAGUGAAUCUGGGUCUUAGGAAUGAAAAGAUACUGCCUUGACCACUUAAUUUUCUACUACCACAGUCUUUCCUCUUUUGCCUUGGGGACCAGAAGGAAAAAAAAUCACACAAUUUUUCCAAGGACUUAUUGAUCGCUUUCUUUAUCUCUUUUCUGUCCCAGAUCUAGUGAAAGAAAAAACUGCUGUAAGACAGGGGAUUUGGAUUAAUGAUGGCUUUAUAAAUAAUGUUGUUUUUCCUUAACCUACUAAUAGUUGAUGCUGUUAGGAAAGGGUAUGUGGGUUAAAGAAAUUGGAGUAAUUUUUGGUCCCUUCCUGCACUGUAUACAGACAAGAAAACCUGCAUUAAAUGGGCAUUGAACUGGGAAAGGCUUGGUGUGCCACACUGUUUAAACCUUACAUCAAACCACACACACCAACAAUACACACAAGGGAAUAUCAUCAUAAUCUCCGCUACAUAUUAGUGGAAAUAAAAAAAGUGGCCACACAUAAUUAGCUUUCAACAAAACUAUCAUACCACAAAUACUUUUAUAUAGCCCAAAACAAAAUAUUGAUUAUACCGAACAAGCAAUUUGCACGUGUUCUUAAGUGACAAUAUAUCAAGGAAGCUAGCUUUUAGUUAACUAAACAUCUAUUUCAUUCAAACUGGUAAAAACAGAGGUCCAUACACUUUGGAACCUGAAAUUUCUUUCUUUCUGCAAUAUUUUUACUGCCCAUUUCAUUCUAAUAGUUUUUAUGUUCAUCACGAUGGCAAUAGUUUUUGCGCAUAGGCAUUUUUUGCUGAAACUUGAAGGGAAAGUGUGCUCAGUUGAUAAGUAGGUUUCAUCAUCCAUUUAUUUUCUCUUAAACAUGUAAAAUAUGAGGUCAUUAACUUAAAUUCGCUGCAACUAUUCCGCUGACCUGAACUAUGGUCAUGCAUUAAAUAUAGAUGCUGCUCUGUUACAGACUGCCUCAGCCAAGGCAGAGAAUGAAUGCUCUGUGUGGGUCAUGAACAGUGUCCUCAGUACUUCAACGAUUAUUUAAGGAUAGAUAAAUGGAAGAUAAACAUAAGUUAUUGAUAGUUUUCCUUUUUCAAAGGUCAGUUAAUGUAAGAUGUAGUUGGGUACAGAGUUGCACCUAAAUGGCAUAUCCAAAAAUAAUAACCAGUUCUGAAAAGCAUGUUUUUUUACGUUUAUUUUCAGUUUGUAGGUUGUUUGGAAUCAAGUCUCUUCCCUACAUUUAGAUUGCGGGAGCAGCCCUCUUGGGCAACCCGCAUGUUCUGCAUACUUGAUAUAAGAGACAGGAGCAGCUGAAAUGAUCCCACUUGCUGCAGAGAAACAGUACAUUUAAUGAUACAUACUUGAUGAUGUUCUACAUUUAUAGUGUUGCAUAAAAACAUCCACUUCUAGCUUAGUUCCAUUUCUAUCCACACAGACACCAAAGGCAGUUACUACAUUUUUAAAUGUCUCUGCCCAUAAAUAUUUGAGUGCUUAGUGUGAACAUGUACAUUUUCUUAGCUUGCAUAUGAAAAGAAUUGUGUUAUAGUUUAUUGC